GAGAUAUAUAUUUCAGUCAUAGAACACGAACUGUUCAUGCAAAGUAACUAUCGGAGUAUGGUGAAGCUUCUGAUCCUCGCUGCCUUGUUAAUUUUCUCAUCCAAAACAGAAGUAAGUUCAUUGGGAACAACCACCAGUCCUCAACAACAGAAUCCACAAGCUGGCGCUGACAAAGACCCAUGUGAGAAAUCCGUUUAUGCUCACGGAUUUUCUGGGAUUCCAGGAUCGAAUGGCAUACCAGGAAUGCCGGGAAUUCCUGGCGCUCCAGGGCCGCAAGGACCUCAAGGAAAAGAUGGAGCUAAGGGGGAGUCUGGUGUCAAGGGACCGAGAGGUAUGAUAGGAACAAGAGGACAAAAAGGAAAUCCAGGGUCACUUGGUAAAAAUGGUGCACCUGGAAUGAUGGGAAUAAAAGGAGAUAAAGGUCAUGAAGGGUCACGUGGCAGAAGUGGACCGCCAGGAAUCAAGGGUGUGAAAGGAGAGCAGGGAUCUAAAGGAGAGAAAGGAGAAAUCGUGAAUGGUGCAGUGUCACAGACCAACUGGAAACAGUGUGUGUGGAAAAAUCUGAAUGAUGGUAGAGAUAGUGGAAAGAUUAAGGAUUGCUCAUUUAACAAGUUGCAAUCUGAUACAGCUAUUAAAGUCUCAUUCCAGGGAAAUACGAGAGUCUAUGGCACUUCAAGUAAAUGCAACCGUUGGUUCUUCAAGUUUAACGGAAAUGAAUGCAUUGGACCAAUGACAAUUGAGGCUGCUGUAUACAACGGUUGGCCAUCUGGGAGUCCCAAUCUGCAUCAUCACAGAUCAUUUGAGGGAUACUGUGAAAACAUUCCACAGGGCAGGGUUAUUGUGGAGUUAUGGGUAGGAAAGUGUCUCAGUGGUCAUACACUGGGUGACGCUUACACUGGAUGGGAAUCAGUAUCCCGGAUAAUGAUAGAGGAAGUGUCUAGAGCUCAGUCCUAA